UUGGGCAUAGGGGCCACUUCCUACAUUAUUUCUGCUCAGAGGAGAGAGCGAGCGGUCUUAGUUUGAACAAAAUGGCUGCAAGAACGCUGUCAACGAGAGCUCACUGAACGCAUUAUGACUGUCCACUCCUACAUUUGGAUUUUUCGAGAAUGUAUUUUCUUGGAUUCGUUUUUCAAUUUGCAUUCGUAGUAGCAAGGUCGUCGGUCAGAUGUUGUUGCUAACCUGCUAGCUCCUCAGCUAGCGGCCUAAACACAAAAUAUUUCAUUUUGCACUUUAACCCAAGUCGGCUAGCUAGCUAGCAAUUUUCGUCGACAAUUUACUGAAAUCUGCCUGUUUUCUUUAAUUUACAAAUGACUCCUUACAACAGUCAAUGACUAAUGCCAACUAGCUAACGUUAACAACUCAGCUACUUUUUGAGUCGAAUUGUUUCUGUUUUUUCGUUUUGCUGCUUUUUUCGAUAUUUUUUUCUAUAACGUGAUACUUUUGACGUUUAGCAUUGCUUUGUGUUGCGAAAAUUGUCCUUUUAGUGCAUCGUUGCGCUAAAAUACAAAGUUCUUGCUGUGUGUUUUUCAAGUAUCGAUCUCGGUAUUUUUGUUAUGAAGCUGCUCAAACAGUUAUCCAGUCAGUCAGUAAGCCCCUGCAGCACGAGAGCUGAAGGUGGCUAAUGCUAGCUAGCUGGAUAACUGCGAAGACAAAAUUCCUGAUUUGUCAUUUACGGGUAUUUUUCGGAAAAGGCACAGGAGAAUGCUUUUCUGCAUCAUUCUCUGCCAUGCACCAACUUUGUAUUGAAAGCUGCCAAAGCUCAACGUGUGAUUACGCAAGCUGAGAGAAGCUAACAACACGAAGAGAACCAUUUGAUGGAAGAAAAUAAAAAUAAAAAGCAAGAAAAGACCAAGAAGGAAGCUGCUCAGAAACAGGCUGCUGACCUGAAAACCAAAGUGCCAGAGCCAGCUAAGCCCAGCCCCGGUCCCCUCCACCACCCCACCACCUGUGUGACCCUGCCCCAGGCCUCACACCCCCCCUCCUCCUCCUCUUCAGUCAGAACCAAUGGGAAGCGCGCCCCCCCUAGCACCCAGCAAACACCACAGCAGCAGACCCCACCUCAGCCUCCGUCGUCCUCAGGCCCCCGCUACCCGCCCCGUGAGGUGCCCCCGCGUUUCCGCCAGCAGGAGCACAAGCAGCUACUGAAGAGGGGCCAGCCACUGCCCGCCGGAGCCCUGAGUAGCCUCACCGUGACCCCUGCCUCCGACCCGCUCACCCCCGGUGCCCCCGCUUCUUCCUCCGCAGGCAAGCGCCACACAGACCUGCCCUUCCAGAGUGGUCCUGGUGCUCAGUAUGAGAAUCCCCACUGGGGAGCCUUACCACCAGCCACCGACCGCAGCAGCACCACCAGUAGUAGCUGGGAUCAAGUAAUCAUUGACGGGAGCGACACCGAGGCCUGGCCCUCCAUCAGUCGCAGCAGCGACAGCCGACCAGCGAAUCCUUCAGAAUGUGCCACAGCCGCUGACUGUACGAACCCAGAGACCAGCAGCAACAUGAGCAUGGCCGCGGGGGCUACUAGCCAGCAGGCCCACUACGCCUCUCUCAAAACUAACGUAGCUAGCAUGAUGCAGCCUGGCGGUGGCCAGGGAGUUGGAGCCAUCGGCAGCAGGGGCUGGGGCUCCGGAUCAGGCCCCAUCACCAUGGGCCCCACUGAGGGAGCCAAACCCGACGGCCUAGGGCCCAACAUGGGCCGGAGUGGAGGAGCACCCGGCUGGAACUCCCAGCCCAGCUUUAGCCUGAACCUGAACCCCAACGCCAACCCCUCGGCCUGGCCCGUGCUGGGGCAAGAGGGGGCUGGAGGUGGCCCCAACCCUGCCUCACUACCUUCCAACGGCAGCCUGGGCAACGGUAGCCUGGGAGGGGACGAGAACAACAGCAGCACCUGGGGAGGCAUGAUGAGCCCUGACACCCCGUCCUCCAAUAAGAAUGUGUCUUUCAGCAGCAUGGAACAUCCCAACCUUAACACUGACGGACAAAACAGCCACCACACUAAGCAGCCACUCAGCCCCAUCCACGGCCUGCCUGGCUGGGGAGGCCAGUCUCCUACAGAGUCCUCCCAGCUCAACGGAGACGCAGGGAGCUCCGUCUGGGGCAACGGAGACACCAAGACAUCCGCUGACUCCUCCUCCAAGAACGCAGGCUGGGACUCAGCACCCUCCGGAGGCAUGUCCGGCUGGGGCCACUCUGGCAGCGGAGGAGACGGGAGUGGCGGUGGAGAAGGAGGCUGGGGAGGAGACUGGGGGAAGCCCUCCAGCGGUGGAGGCGAGGCCAAAGGAGGCUGGGAUGCCUCAGAUGGCCAACCCCAGGACCAGCAGGUAAGCUCCUGGGGCCAGCCAACCCCGGCCCCGACUAGUGAGGGUAGCGGAAGCGGGGGCAGCGAGGGGCGCUCCCACCGCAGAGACGGGACCGGCAGCGAGGACGGAGGCCCCCCUCCCCUGCCUCGCCAAGACCUGGACCCCCGGGUGCUCUGCAACACAGGCUGGGGCCAGACGCCUGUCCGCCAGCACACCUCCUGGGAGAUGGAGGAGCAGCGCGCCGCCAACGAGAGGAAAACCAGCGAGAUAAGGGGAGGCGCUGGAGGGGACACUUGGAAGGGCUCCAACAGCCCCUCUUCCGGAUCCCCACCGGACCCCCGGAACGGGGGAGCCAACCCCAACCUGGGACCAUCUCAGAGGCCAGGCUCAGGGGACUCCGGAGGCAAGAGCGAGGGCCCCUCAGGCUGGGGAGGCCCUCCACCCUCAGACUGGGGGGAGCAGCCUGUCAACAAGGCCCCCAACGGUUCCGUCAGUGGCUGGGGGGAGCCCAUGGCCCAAGGCCACAACACCACAAACAAUGGCCCCAAGAGUGGAGUUCAAUCCUGGGGUGUCCCUGAGGGGAAGUCCUCCCCUACCUGGGACGACGGGCCAACCAAGACCCAGCAGAACCAGUCCCAGAGCUGGGGAGAGGGUCCCAAGUCCUCCCACGGCUGGGGCUCCGGCCACGGAAGUGGCAGCCAUGGCUCCAACGGCUCCAAUGGAGGAGAGUGGAGAGAACCGGCCGAGGUGAAGAAGAAUGGCUUCUCCAGCCACAUGUGGGAAGGAGAAGGAGGAAAUGGACGAGGAGGAGGGUGGAAGGACAGCCCCAGAGGAGGUGGAGGAAAUGGGGGCGGCUGGGCGUCGAAGCCUGCUCCUGCUGUUGGAGGUGGUGGCUGGGGGGAGACCCAGCAUCCCAACAGCCCAGCACCAGGAUGGGGCUCCAAGCCCCAGGAAAGCCCCAACGGCCCAGCACCAGGAUGGGGCUCCAAGCCCCAGGAAAGCCCCAACGGCCCAGCACCAGGAUGGGGCUCCAAGCCCCGGGAAAGCCCCAACGGCCCAGCACCAGGAUGGGGCUCCAAGCCCCAGGAAAGCCCCAACGGCCCAGCACCAGGAUGGGGCUCCAAGCCCCAGGAAAGCCCCAACAGUCCAGCACCAGGAUGGGGCUCCAAGCCCCAGGAAAGCCCCAACAGUCCAGCACCAGGAUGGGGCUCCAAGCCCCAGGAAAGCCACAACGGCCCAGCACCAGGAUGGGGCUCCAAGCCCCAGGAAAGCCCCAACGGAAAUAGUGGUGGUGUUGGAACGGGAGGCGGCAGCAUGGGGUCCUGGGGCGGCCCUGCAUCUGUAAGGCAGAGUUCCAACCCCGGCUGGGGCCCAGGGAGCUCCGGAGCCAAACCCGACCCAGCGAUGGAGCCCACCGGCUGGGAGGAACCCUCUCCUCCCUCCAUCCGCCGCAAGAUGGAGAUCGAUGACGGCACGUCCACCUGGGGAGACCCUAGCGCCUACAACAAGACCGUGAAUAUGUGGGACCGCAACAACCCCACUGGAGGUAAUGGUAACCAAGGCAACAACCCCACCCAGCCGCCGACCAGCAAGAGCAAUGGAGGCAUGGCCGUCAACAACAGCCACAAGCACUCCUCUGUCCCCCCUAGCAACAACAAUCACCACCACAUGAACCACCACCACCCGCACCACGGACCACCCCCGCCACACAGCCAGCACCACGGCAACAACAAUGGAUCCCCCAACACCGCCGCCCCGCACCAGGGCGGAGGACCCCAGGGCAGGCCACCUAUGGCCAACCCAGGCUGGGGGGAGCUGCCCAGUGUCCAGCAGCCCAAGCCAGAGCCGGCAUGGGGGGAACCCGCUGGCCCCUCUCCUGCAGUGGACAACGGCACCUCUGCCUGGGGCAAACCCCCUGGUGUUCCUGGAGGCUGGGGCGAUGGGGGGCACGAGCCCAAUGGACCCUACAGAAGGGGAAACAACGGACCCUCUGGACCUGCACCCUGCAAGCCAGCCCCCAAAUCUAUGCAAGACGGCUGGGGAGGCGGGAGGGAGGAGGAGAUGGGCAUGUCUUCUGGCCAAUGGGAUGCUGACGCCGGAGACAUGUGGAACAGCCCCGCCUCCCAGGAGAGCAGCUCCUCCUGUAACUCGUGGGGCCAGCCGCCCAAGAAGGGCCCGCCCAAGGGCAAGAUGGGCAACCAGCCAGACGAAGCCUGGAUCAUGAACCGUCUCAUCAAGCAGCUCACUGACAUGGGCUUCCCGAGGGAUCCUGCCGAGGAGGCUCUGAAGAGCAACAACAUGAACCUGGAUCAGGCCAUGAGCGCUUUGUUGGAGAAGAAGACUGAACUGGACAAGCGGGGCAUGGGCAUGUCAGACUACAACAACGGGAUGAACAAGCCGCUGGGUUGCCGUCCCCAGGCCCUCUCCAAAGACCCCUCCUCGGACCGCAGCCCAUUCCUAGACAAGGACGGUGGUUUGUCAGAUGACGUCCCCCCCUCACCGUUUCUGCCUUCUCCCGUCAGCCUGAAGCUCCCCCUGGUUAACAACCUGCAGCCUGGGCUGCCCCUGGGCUCCCCGGGGCUCAACAUGCAGAACUUGAACAACAGACAGAUGCAGAGUGGAAUGUUGGGCAGUAGUGGAGCAGCACUAUCCCGGGCCAUGCAGCAGCCGCCUCCUCAGCCGUCAGUGCCGCCUCUCGGCUCCUCCCAGCCUAGUCUACGCGCUCAAGUGCCUCAGUUUCUCACCCCUCAGGUUCAAGCACAGCUCUUGCAGUUUGCCGCAAAAAACAUUGGUCUGAACCCUGCACUUUUAACCUCACCAAUAAACCCUCAACAAAUGACCCUGUUGUACCAACUUCAGCAACUGCAAAUGGCGUACCAGCGUUUACAAAUCCAGCAGCAGAUGAUGCAAGCUCAGCGCAACGUCUCCGGCCCCAUCAGACAACAAGAGCAGCAAGUUGCACGUACAAUCAGUAACAUGCAGCAGCAGAUCCAACAGCACCAGCGUCAGCUGUACCAGGCCCUGCUGAUGAAGCAGCAGCCCCCCGGCUCCCACUCCGGCCUGCACCCCGGCCAAGGCAAAUCAGCCCUGGACUCGUUCCCAGGCCACCCCCAGGCACCGGGCCUCUCCGACCUGCACACCAAAGAGCCGCAGUCUUCUCCCAGCUCCUACAGCCCCUACCCCCUCUCUGGACUCAAUCCAAACAUGAAUGUAAACUGCAUGGAGGUGGGGGGCCUGUCCAUGAAGGAGCCUCCCCAGCCCCAGUCCCGUCUGUCCCAGUGGACCCACCCCAACUCCAUGGACAGCCUCUCUGGAAACUCCUCCCACAUGGAGACCAACCUCAAUAAGCACGGUGCCAUUUCAGCUGCUUCUAACCUGGGCCCCCCUGGAAAGCCCCCCCACAUGGAUGACUCCUACAGCCCAUACAGUAUGAUGGGUGGGUCUGAGUCUCCCACCUCCCCCCUGGUUCCCCCUGACAGCUGGGGCCAGGUACCAGGAAAGAGCCCCAAGGACCAGAUCACAAAUGGAACGAAUAUCAACUGGCCCCCAGAGUUCUGUCCAGGCGUGCCCUGGAAGGGCCUGCAGAACAUUGACCCUGAGAACGACCCCAACAUGACCCCAGGAAGUGUUCCCAGCGGCCCCACCAUCAACACCAACAUCCAGGAUGUCAACCGCUACCUGCUCCGGGACCGCAGCGGAGGUAAACUAUCUGACAUGAAGUCCACCUGGUCACCCGGGCCCAUCUCCCAUCCCUCCCAGGCCUCUCUAUCCCACGAGCUGUGGAAGGUCCCCCAGGGGCCCCGUAACAACACAGCCCCUUCAAGGCCACCUCCUGGCCUCACCAACCCCGCCAAGCCCUCCUCCACCUGGGGAGGAAACUCCUUGGGCCUGGCCCAAGGCUGGAGCAGCUCGUACACCUCAGAGGGCACCACCUGGAGCACAGACAGCUCCAACAGGACCAGUAGCUGGCUGGUACUGAGGAACCUCACCCCCCAGAUAGACGGCUCCACCCUGCGGACGCUGUGCAUGCAGCACGGCCCCCUCAUCACAUUCCACCUCUUCCUGACCCAGGGAAACGCUGUGGUGCGAUACAGCUCCAAGGAGGAGGCUGCCAAGGCCCAGAAGUCCCUGCACAUGUGUGUGCUGGGGAACACCACCAUCCUGGCAGAGUUUGCUGGGGAGGAGGAGGUGAACCGCUACUUUGCACAAGGCCAGCAGCAGCUCCCGCCCACCACCAGCUGGCAGCCCAACCCCGGCACCAAUCAGACGCGCAUGGGAGGAGGCGGAGGUUCGCAGCAGCACGCUAUUGGCCAUCACUGGAGCAGCGGCGGUGGAGGCCUGGGGGGAGGAACCAAGACGGGCGGAGGCGGAGACCUCCUGUGGGGGGGCGUGCCCCAGUACUCCAGCCUGUGGGGGCCCCCUAGUGGCGAUGACAGUCGCGGUGUCAUCGGGAGCCCCAACCCCAUCAACACACUGUUGCCAGGCGACUUGCUGAGUGGAGAGUCCAUGUAGGACAACACACUAACAAACCAACCAUGAGAAUGGAUGUUUCAACGCUGGAACAGAGUGGAAAAAUAUUAAUAAUAAAUACAGAAUUAUACAAAAAAAUGACAAUGAACAAGAGCAAAACCAAGCAAAUCAUGUGGCGAUAAUCAGUAUCAACGGAACUGUGAAUCGUGUACCGGAAGGCUGGGGCCGACGACACAAGACUGCUGACCCCUACACCCUUCGGUUUUUACGUUUUCGUCUUUUUAAACGGGGAUUUUGUUUUUAGUAUUUGAUAAAUUGUUGGAAGCAAACAAAUGAAAUGUCAAAGACUCAAUGAAGAGAGAACCGUUAAGUGUUUUUAAGUUUCCAUGAAUAUCGCACAUUCUGUGUGAAGUGUUUUUAAGGAGAAGCAAUCGAAAAAGCUGCCAUCUUGAAUCUUUCCUUUGCCCACGAAACUCCAAAUUGAUUUAAAAAAAAAUAAAAAAUACCAUUCCCAGCAUGCCCGUGGCCAAUGAUGUGGUUCAAAGACCUUUUACUUAUGUUAUUGUUUUGUUUCCAAGCACUAACAUUAGCCUUAAGUCUCUACUGCGGCCCAGGUCCUCCUUCAAUCUCAAGCCUUUUUCAUUGUUUUGAAAUUGUAUGAGUUUAAAAGCUUGCACAGUUCCCAUCUCUGAGCCAGUGAAUGGAGAGAACAAGUGUGAUCAACCAAGGUCGUAUUCACUAGGAACGAAAUGGGAGCAAGCGGACCGAAACUGAGGGACUACCUGAACUUUGUCCAAUAAGAAAAGCUUGUUUUCGCAUGCUGUUGCAAAACGUUUUGCCAUGUGUGCUCUAAUGAAUACGACCCCCCCAAGUCACUCGGCAGUAUGAGGCCUGUCAACACUGACCCAACCAAUCAUCAGUUGAAACCUUUUCCGUUUUUUGGUCGUUCAUUUGUUCUUAAAGGGAUUUACACUGCUGUUUAUGUUAUUUUUGUAUAUCCAGGCGCAUUUUUAUAAUAUCUAUCGCAACAUAAACUGAGAGAUUAUUACACAUCGACCGACCUAGCUGCGUCUGUUUUGUGUGUACUUGAGUAUAUGUCUGAUGGAACCUAAUCAUUCACGUCUGGGAGUUCAGAUUACCACUGCUCAGAAGAACUACGACUUCCGCAAAACUCACCUAACGGGACUUACAGGUGCUUCUUGUCAAUUAACAUUAUCAGAUGAUUCCGUUGUUGACCCUCUCGUCCCAAUUAUGGUCCACCAAUUUCUGGAAACGACGACAAAAAAAUGCUUCAACUUGAUGUGACAGUUACAUUGUGCAAUAUAUACGCCACAGACCCUUCUUCCGUCCACACUCAAGUCAAAGCAGGAGCUGGUAUCUUUACAUUUUUCGUUCUUGAUUUUUGUUGUUGUUGAUCAAAGCAAAGAAUUUAAGAACUACAGAAACGUCACCUUUUCUCAUUUUUGAUUCCCACCAGGCCACUUCCUAAGAAACUGUUGCGGAGAGGAGCGAGGAUGGUGUUACUAUUAUAACUGUGCGUUCAGAAACGGUCCAGAAAGCAACCCUGAAACUCCUCAUAUACGUACACAUUGAACUGGGGUACAUGAGAAAGCACCAUCAGAAAGCCCUUCCUCUCCGCGUUGCCACAGCCACACCGAACAGGCUGAAUCCAGAUGGGGGAGUCACUGGAGGGGCACAAUACCAAAUAAGAGGGGUUUCUCCUAAUGCAGUAGAUCUACUACGAGUGUUCCUUGUAUUUGGUACUGUACAGAAAUGUAAAAGAGAGACUAACCUUUUAUCUAUUUCAAAGGGUUUUAUCAUAGCACUUAUGAAGAGAGCUAAACGCUUCAACUUGCAAACCAAUAAAUCAGAAAAAUGGAGCAGCAACUUUGAAAACUGAAAAAGACAACAACAAAAAAACUUGCUCUUUUUGUACUGUAUCUAUACUUGGAAAUAACUUCUGGUAUUUGUUUGCUCCUCUUUGGUCCAAGGACUUGUAUGAACUUUGAAAUGGUAGCAGGAUGAAAAAAAAAAAUGGAAAUCUACUUUUAUCUGGGGGGAAAAUUCUGCAGUGUAUGAUUUUUUUCUAAAGACAUUUUCUUUUAACUAUAUCAAAGUGAAUAUCACUGUUACUCCUAAAUGUUUAGCCUUUUUCUUGUCUGGAGACACUAGACAUGCAAUGUUACCUGUCUCCGGCCAACGGUCGGUCAGAGUGGGGAGGGGGAUGGUCACGGUCCACUGAGUGCCUCUCUGCUGUGGUGCCCAUGGCGACGGUCGCUAGGCAAGGCUACCCCCACAGCAGCAUUUCCUCCUGGGCUUGCACCAAGCUCUCAUUGGACACCCUCAGCCCGGCAGGAAAUCAUGCUCCCUCCAAGACUGGCCAAUCAGCAUGGAGCUAGCUAGCUAACGACCGCGCCAGCAGCACUCGACCUUGUUUCAACGAACCCUCUCCAUUUCCCCUAAUCGUCUUUCACACAAAGAUCACUUUAGCUGGAAUUCAAGAGACAGUCAAAUUUCUGGAAUUUUGCCAGUGAUUGAUGAAUUUUAUUUAGUUUUCAUUUGAAGUUGUUUAUUUUUGUCUACAUGCAGUGGUCUUCAAGGUGGCUGCUUUAAACUAGCCCUUUUCACUGUUCAUAUGCAGAAACACUUUGGUCAGAGGUGCCUCUGUAUGUUCAUCCUGUGUAUUGAAUGCAAACGAGGAUCAAUACUACAGCCCGUCAUUGAUUGUCUAUUAUUAGUUAGUAUCUUAACUGAUUGAUUGAUCAUUGCUUUGUUUUGGACAGUAUGCUGUAGUACUUCCAGGUAGUAUCUCAAGAAGUGUAAGUUAGACCAAUAGGGUGUCUCAGAUGGGUGAGUGUGUCCUGCCUGACCCUAGCUGCUCCACCUGGGUUCCACCAGGGCUGUCCCCUCGCCCCCUCACACAGCUGCUACGCUACACCCUCCAGUCCCCUCCAAGGCAACCAACCUAGACCAGGGCCAUGCCCCUCCCCUUGACCAGACAUAAAAAGCGACUCAGUUCUGUUUCUAUGCAAAAGACUAGAGGCUGCGGGCCCUUUACAGCCAACGUGCCAAUCCUGCCUUAAGGGUUGAGCACCGACUCACAGAGCUAGACCCAACGACCUCUUGAUGUAUGUACCCUUCAGCACUUAGAACAUGUCCGCUCCUGGUCCCUAUAGCUGGGUUUAAACCACAACACUGUCGUAUUCCAAACUUCCACCCUCCCUCUAUGGGGAGUUAGUACCACUGGAGUGGAGGUAUAGUAGGCCUCUCUUUACUGUGCUGAAGAAGACUGAUCUCCUGUCAGCUUGAUCUCAGGGUAGGAGACGACAUUAAAAGAUGCAGCUCUCUCUGUAUGUAUGUCCUUUUGCUGUAGUGUAAGAGAGCCAAGUUCUACACUAACUAAUGGCAAGCUGUGCAGUAGUACUAUAGACUUGUAUUGGCUGGAUAAUUGUUUAUUUGGGAAUGGAAUAGUAAUGAAUUCCCUUCACACCUAUGGGCCUACUGUAAUGUUACAAUGUAGAGGCCCAUUCUGCAUGUAAGAUGCCAAUGUUAUCCUAUGUGCCAAUACCAAAAAUAUAUAGAUCUAUAAAACUAGCCCAUGUUAAACGAUCUGGAGAAUGAGCUCUUCUCUGGAUGGAGGAUCUUUGAUAACCUUUGUGAUGGAGGCAGGGGGGCAGGAGGGAUUAAACAGAUGGGUGGGGGCAGCACACCUCAUCCUGAACUCCUGAGAUAAUGUCUGUCUCAAAUGGCACCCUGUUCACUAGGUAGUGCAUUAUAUAGGGACAUAGGGUGCCAUUUAGGCAGUCUUUGCUUUAGUGGGGAAUGCCCCGUUGUUGAGGAUAAAAUCUUUACUGAGUUUGCGGGAUCCAAGUAUGCUACGGUGCACAGUCAGUUUGACGGGUAAUCCCGGGUACAUAUUUUUUUUUAACCAAAUAUUAAAUUCAAUUUUAAUGUCAUUUUUAAUAUGACGUUUGACACAAUCUAAAAAAUAAAAUGUACAAAAAUCAAUAAAAGAUCUAUAAUAUGUUAAAACUAAAGCGCUGCACUUCUAGCUGAAAUGUCUCCAGUCCUCUAACUUCCAGAAUGCAGGCUGGGGAGCCUUUUUGUGGAUGCUAUAUUUUAUCCUAUUUGUUAGUGUUUCCGCCCAAAGCAGGCCCACAACUGUAUAUUUCCUCGGGCCCACCGGGCAACGAGAGGGGACGCAUUUCAAAACAAAAAAAAACUAAAACGGGACAAGGCUACCUUUUGGGACUCUGAGGUGUCCUGCAGCACACUAGCAAAAAUCACUAUUGCCUGUUUCUGUAACUGCCUUGAUCCAAGCUCAGAGACCAAUUAGCCGGGUGGGGGCCUCCAAACGUCCGCUCUGUGUGGGGGGGUCCCCCUGCUGCACCAGCACUGAGGGACACGCCGUGCACUCUCUCUACAGCUUAACUAUAGAUAGAUGUAUGUGUGUAUGUAUAUAUAUACAUACGGAUAUGUACGUACGGUGUGUGGUAGGUAGCACAUCAACAGACACCUUGGAUCUCAACCUCUAAAACCUUUUGUUCCUUUUUAAAAGGUCUGGGUUCAAUACAAACUGAAGAUGAGCAAUAUUUAUUCCCCUCUGCAAAUAAGUGAUACGAAGGAAAUGGAAUGGGGUUAGGGGUUAAACUGGUACUUGAUGGAUCAUGAAUAAUGUCUUUCCUACCUGGAGUUGGAUAUGCACGUUGUGGAUUUAUGAACAUAUUACAGUAAGUACCUUGAAGUACUUGUUUGUGAAUUUGUCUAAACAGCCCAACCUGAAAAUCACCUGUUUUUUUUAUGUAUACUUUCCCAGUAGAGAAAAAUAUCAUUAAACAUAUCAACACAAAAAUACACAAAUACUUGAAUCAAGGAGAACCAAUAACGUAAUGUGAAGUCUUUUGUAAAAAAAAAAAAAAUUUACAAAAAAUUGAAAGAUUUUAAAAAGUCUGACUUGUACACUUCCAAGCUUUUUGAGGUCAUCAGUUGAAAAAAAUAUAUAUAAAAGAUUUAAAAAAUAUUGGAGAAAAAAAAUGUGCUAAAAUUGUUGUGUGCUUGAAAGUCAAAUGUAUGUGUGCAAACGACUGUGUGCUUGGCAGGCUUAGGACUGCUGUCAUGUUCCAUUCAGUAUGUUGUGUAUUGACAUUGUUGUCUGUCCUUUUAUUCAGUUUAUUUUUUGCUUGUCAACUAUAUUUUGAUAGACAUUGUUAUUAUCUUCUAACAUGGCACUGAGUGUCUUCUACCCCUCACUCAGCUAAUCGUAGACAAACGAGACUAAGUACUGAGGGGAGAGGGUGAUAAAUUCAUGUGUAAAUGUUUACUCAAGGACUUAA